GGGGGGAUCUGCCUCCCCCGCCGCCUUUGUUCCCUGGCAGCCCCUGCUGCGGGGAGGGGGGGCUUGCCCUUUGGCUUGAGGAGGGGGCUAAGGAGCGCCCCCCCCACAGCUGGUACACGUCAUGGAGAGAGGCCAGCAGGUCCUCUUGUCUUGGUAGAAGGGCUGGCCCAGCCUUAGGGGGAAGGCAGGGGGUGUAGGCAGGGCCUGUGGCUGGAAGGACUCUCUGUGCCCCCCCCCGCACCCACCCCCAGGGUGCUCCGCUCUCCGCUUCCCCAGCAGUUGGAAGGGGCAUUGUUGGAGAGGAGGGUGCUGGCCCUGCCCUUCACGGUCUCCACCCAAAGAGCCAGCCAGCUAGCUCCCCACACAGCAUUAACAGGCCUUGAGGAGAGCCAUGAGCGAAGCUGUCUCCAGACUAGCCCAUCAGAGUAGCGGAGGAUCCCUCCAAAUGAGCCUCUGCGGCAGGUCCAGGAUGUGGGGCAGGUCAUGCUGGAAAGGAUGCGAAGGGACGGAUUGGUCAGGCCACCGUUGCUUUGCAGGAAGGGUUUGGGGAAAGCUGUCCUGGGGAGUGGACCCCAGGCAUUAGUCCCACUCUGGGCCAUCUUCAGGGGAGCAAGUCUUUGCUGGACUGGAAGAGCAGGCACGCCAAGCCAUGAUGAAGAGGGAUUUCCCAGAGCUGCUCGGGGACCAGCCAUCCUCGACCUCCUCGCAGCUGCCGGAGAGAAAUGGCGGCGGCAGCGGCAGCAGCAGCAGUAGCAGCAGCAGUGACAGCGAGGGGGAUGAGGAGACCGGCCAGGACGAAGGCUCCUCCCCUACUUCCGAGGAGGAUGGAGCAAUGACAGCAGCAAGGGUGAAACAGGAGCUGGAGCCUGCUGAGCAGCUAGGCCACAAGCCGGUGACGCCGGGGGACAAGGCGGGUCUGAGCACCAGCCCUGAAUCCCUGAUGGGGCUCUCCCGAUGCCCCCUCUGCCAACUGGAGUGUGGGAGCCGAGAGCAGCUUGUCACUCACGUCUAUCAGCACACGGCCGCGGCGGUGGUCAGCGCGAAGAGCUACCUGUGUCCCGUCUGUGGCCGAGCGCUCAGCUCCCCAGGCUCCCUGGGCAGGCACCUCCUCAUCCACUCCGAGGACCAGCUGUCCAACUGCGCGGUGUGUGGUGCUCGCUUCACCAGCCAUGCUACUUUCAACAGCGAGAAGGUGCCAGAAGUGUUGUGUGGAGACGCCGCCUUGCCCGUCCCGCUCUCUUCGGAGGGCUCCUCGGGGGCCGAGAAGGACAAAGCUGCCGCUCCGCUGGGCCCGCCGGUCUACCCUGCCGGCAUCCUCCUUGUCUGCAACAGCUGUGUGGCCUACCGCAAGCUGCUGGAGGCCCAGGCGCCCGGCGUGCGGAAAUGGGCCUUGCGCCGCCAGAACGAGCCCCUGGAAGUGAGGCUGCAGCGCCUGGAGCGAGAGCGCACGGCCAAGAAGAGCCGGCGGGACAAUGAGACGCCCGCGGAGCGCGAGGUGAGGCGCAUGAGGGACCGCGAGGCCAAGCGGCUGCAGCGCCUGCAGGAGACGGACGAGCAACGCGCCCGCCGGCUGCAGCGGGACCGCGAGGCCAUGCGCCUCAAGCGGGCCAACGAGACCCCGGAGAAGCGGCAGGCUCGGCUCAUCCGGGAGCGGGAAGCCAAGCGGCUGAAGCGGCGGCUGGAGAAAAUGGACAUGAUGCUGCGGGCCCAGUUCGGCCAGGACCCCUCGGCCAUGGCGGCCCUGGCUGCCGAGAUGAGCUUCUUCCCACUGCCAGGGGGCGGCAUGGAGAUCGACGGGCCGCUGCUGGGCAAGAUGGGCUUUGAGGAGCCCAGCUCCAGCGCCCUGCGCUGAGCGGCUCCCCCGACUGGCUGGAGACUGAGGGGACAGGCGGGCUGCUGCCAGCAGAGGAGGGCAUAAAGGCCUGGCCCACGGCCUGGCGCGCCGCUUUGUGGGCGUGGCCCAGGGCUCUCCAUGGCCGCCACCGCUGCCUUCUCCAGCUUGCUUUCUGGCCAGGGCAAGAGCUGGCUGGGGGCUCCGACUGCAGCAUUUCCCUCACGGUGCGGCGCUGCAUUUCUGGUGUUGGCAGAGGCUGGGGAGGAGGCUUCAUCCUGAGCAGGUCCUCAGGUGGCAGCUGAGUGGAGAGAGCACCAGGGGGGGGGGAUGCGGGCGGAGGCUGGAGCUCAGUGAGACACCACCGACUUGGCAGGGGGAAGGUUCCAGGUGCCACCCUUGGCAGCGUGCUAGUUAAACUGGGGAGCAGAGCUGGGAGAGGACUUCCUUCGGCCUGGGACCCCGGGGAGCUGCUGUCGGGAAAUCCAGACUGGGUUGUGACCAAGAGAGCCCUGAGCUCCGGCUGUGCUCCUGAGGCCGCCUUGUGCCAGGUGAGGAGUCCUCGCACAACCUGUUUUGGAUUUCCCAGGAGGUGGCUGAGUGGAGGACCCCUCUUCCAUCUCUCUAGCCUCCCCUCCUGAGCUGGCUCAGGAAACCCCUUCCUAGGAGGCCAGAGUCUGUCGGCUGCCAGCUGCCGUAUUCGGGGGCCCCUGAGCCGCCAUGCUCCGGAGGGGGAGGGGGAGGGAGUCCUAUUAAUUUAACGUUUCACUUCUGUAACUUUGUUUUGAUGAGAUGUCUGUCCUCAAAGCUCUUACUAUAACAGUGCAAGGGUCAAACGCAUAAGCCACACCUCUCUCCAAGUCAGCAGUUGCUGUAGCCAAGAGGUGCUCCAGAAAUGGCAGAGGACUGAGCGCAAACUGAGCCAAGCGCCUCUUGCUGGAGGAGAGCUGGGCUGCUGGUCACAGACAUGACUUGUCCCCUUUGCUAAGCAGGGGCCACCCUGUUUGCAUUUGAAUGGAAGACUAGGUGUGUGAGCCCUGUCAGGUAUUCCCCAGGGGGUGGGGUUGCUCUGCUUGCAUGCAGAGGGUCCCAGGUUCAAUCCCUGGCAGCAUCUCUCGAGUAGGGUUGUGAAAUACUCCUGCCUGAAGCCUUGGAGAGCUGCUGCCAGUCUGUGUAGACCAAGGAUGCACAACUCAAAUGCACCAGUGGGCCGAAACCAACCGUGACUUAGUGUGUGGGGGCCGAGGUCAAUCUCCUAAUUAUUGAAGAAUGAGUCGACAUUAAAAUAACUAAUAUAACAAAUGAAUUUCAAAUUUUUAAAAUUUAGUUUUAAUUUUUAAGAGCGAGGGGAGGGUGGUUCCUGUGAUCACCCUGCACCUGCUGCCCCUCUGCCUCCAUUUGGGCAGCCUCCCCAGGCACUGGGAUGGCUGCAUACUCCGCUCCCCCCACCCCGCCACUCUCUCGCUGAGCCAGCUCGCCAUACCUGCCCACUUGCUCUCCAAGCGCCUCCACCAGGGACAGGCGGGCAGGGGGCGAGUCUUGCCUUUGCUGUGCUGCUCAGAACUGCCUGCCUGCCCAGACCUUGCUCUCUGAGCACCUCAGCCAGGCCCGGGAGCAAGAAGGCAGCAAGUGAGAUGUGCCUUUGCUGCCAAAGAUCCAGCUGGGGAGGGGGCCGGGCGGCGGAAAGGCUGCAUGGCAGCUUCGUCCUUCCACUCCGCUGGAAACGGCUACCAAUGCAGCAGCAGGCGGCGCAUGCCCAUGCUUAACAGCUGGGGGGGGGUGGGCCUAACCCUUCAGGAAGCAUGCGCCUCCUCCAUUUGUAGCCCUUGCAGCUGGGUGGGAGGAAGGUGCCCUGCCACCAUUCCUUCCUUCUCCAGCCAAGUAGAUCCUUAGCAGCCACACGGGCAAACCUCGCUUGCUUGCCUGCCUGCUCGCUCCCAGCGGGCAGACGGUGACAAGGAGUGCCCACUCGCAGGAGAUCGGCUAGGAUGUCUGUGGCAAGGAAGAGCCCUGCGGGCCAGCCGGAGCCUGCUGGUGGGCCAGAUGCAGCCCAAGGGCCACAUGUUGUGUAGGGCUGGCGAAGACAAGACUGAGCUAGAUGGACCAGUAGUUUGUCUUGGCAAGAGGCAGCUUCCUGUGUUCCUAUGGAGCCUGUCAGGGCAAGAGUCUUCCAUUAAGACUCCUUUUCUGUCUUCGGGGAGAAGAGUCAGGAGGGCACCCACCAUUUGUCCCGCCUUUAAAAGGGUGGAGCUCUUUGCCUGUGAGAUAGUUGCAAUUGAGCCCAGGAUACUGGAGCAUGUCUAAAUCACACUUUGGGACCCACAGGCCCCUCAUGCUGGGCGGGUGUCAGUGCUGCCUGAAGCCACUUCGACAUCUGCCUCAGUAACUAAUCCUCUGCUCUCAAAUGGCAGUGACAGCUCUUCCAGAAUGUGUGACAAGAAGUUCUGUGUGAUGAGAAAACCCACAUACUGCUGCACCAGGUGCUGUCAGUGCAAUGCAUCACCUGAGCUGAAAUCUGAAAAGUCUUUUCAACUAGCUGUGGCUUUGCAACAAGCCUUUUCCAUGGAAGGAUGUCAGAAAAGGGCCUGCCUCGCCCCACACCUUUGAGCAGGCUGGUAGUCCACUGGGCUAUGACUGGCCACCAGGACGGAGGUGCAGGUAGUUGUGGGGGUACAAUUCAGCGGAAAUGACUAGUCCACUACCAUUGCCUCCAGGGAGGGAUCACAAGUAGUACCUUGGCCACCACUGAGGAGGCCUCACUCUGCUCUUCCUGGCAAGUGACAGAGGCCCACCCUGCUGCUUCUCUCCGGGUGCGACUGACAAAGCAGAGCCACGGCAGACUGUCUGAUCUUCCGCACGCAUCUCACUUCCUCACUAGCGCCCACCAGCCAGCACCACCAUGGAAUCCCUGCACACGCCCUCUUUCUGCUCUGACAGCAGCCACGCCAGCGUGACCUCGAAGAGACAAGCAAGAGACAGACACCGCAAAGGAAAAGCUAUUGGCUUAUAAUUAUAUAGAUAUAUAUAGAGAGAGAUAUGUAUAUAUAGAUAUAUAUAUAUACUGUGUUUACAUAGUCAACGUUAAAUGCAAUAUUCAUAAGAGCGUUAACAAUAAAAAUACAAUCUGUGUGUA